AUGCUGCUCACGCUGUUUUUUCUGCUAUUUCUGGCAUGCUUCGACACAUAUUCGGCUCUUUCCUUUCGGGCCCCACCAGCGCCCCUGAGACUGAGAGAUGCUCGGCUCCGCCGCCAAACGCUGUGCGUCUGGGACGGGUACCGUGACUGCUGGGGUGUCUGCAUCAAGCCAGACGUCGUUUGCCCGGCCUUUCCGUUCCGA